AUGGUGACAGGAGUGGAAGCAGCUGGACUCGUCCUAGGAGCCAUUCCUCUCAUUAUAUCUGCCCUCGAGAACUACGAGAACUUGGCAGCUCCCACAAAAGAUUUUUUUCAUUGGAAAAAGACCUUACAAAGGUUGAUCUGGGAGCUUUAUACAAUACAUACCUCUUACGACCAAGCCGUUCGUCUCCUACUAAAGCCAUUUGCCGACCUCGCAGACCAAACCAAGAUGAUGGAGAAUCCCCGACACGAAUUGUGGAGAGAGGGAGACAUUGCUGACAGUCUACGCGAUAAGUUAGGAUCGGUAUACGACCCACUCAUUCUCACCAUAGAUGAAGUGUCAGAGAUCCUGGUCGAGACAGCGGCUUGCCUCAAUAUCCCUGGAUCACAGCAGGUUUUCACAAGUAAAACCCUCUUGCCAAUCGUCUUCUUUAAUUCGCAGAUCGCGAAUACUCCGUCUUUUCACAAAAAUUCCAAAUUCGGGCAGAGGAUCAAGUUUACCAUGAAGAAAAAGCGCGUGAAGGCAGCACUGGAGCGUUUGGAGGCUUGUACGAGGAAGAUUGAUGAUUGGACAACUAGAGCCGACAGGCUGCAGGAUGAGACACCGCAAAGUCGUCCAAAGCUGGAAUUUUCUGCAUCAUUGGAUACCAUCCAAGAGAAUGCGACCAAAGUACAUCAAGGAAUUUCACAAAAUUGGUGUAACGACAACCCUGUGCAUGUCGCACGUCUGCUCCUCGAGCAACGGCUGAGGAGGCCAAGGAAAACGAGGAGGCCUCAUCAAGCAGCUAGCUUGAACUUGGUGGCGCAAGCGACUUGUUUCGAAUUGAGCCUUCGUGGGGAUUGCAAUGCGUCUUCUCAGUGGUUGAAUUCUGAGAUAAGGAUUGACGAACUCCCGUCGUGCGCGGGGACUGUUCGCGUGACGAUAUCAGUUCCCGAGGACGACCACGACCCUGCAAAUUUGCAGCAUAUCACAAGCUUAUGCAAAGUUAUUGGGCAGCCCCCGCAUCCAUUUGUGGAGCUGGUCCGCGACGGCCCGAUUCUAUACCCUUCUGGACGGCCUGUUGAGCAAAGACUCGGAGAUGAUCAAAUCACUAACCUCUUACUGAAUGAUCAAUUGGGUCUCCAGCUAGCGGAGGGAUGGCUCAAGGAGGAAAAGUCUCAUGGGAGAUUAUCAUGUGCCUUCUCCCAGGCUAUUUUAACCUGCCUACAAGGAUACCUCAACCCCGAUGCAAAUUUCGAUGAUAAAGAGUACUGCAACGCCUUCAAGGAAAGGGCUCUGUUACCGCUUGAAGAGGAAAUGCAAUUCUUACUCUUUGGACCUCCGAGGUAA